AAAGGAAACGUUUGCAUCUCCAAACUGUUGCAGCAAGUGGCUGGUUGGCUGGUGGUGAAGGCAUGGGAGGAAAGCAAGGAGACAGAGGGAUGUGGGAUGAGUGUGCACUGUGUGAUGUGCCUUACAGGAGAGAGAAAAUAAAGGAUGGUUUGAAUAAACAAAUACUGUUUGAGUGCUGCUGUUCCUGCCUGCUCUGAUGUUGAAGCUCUCUGCAGAGGGCAGGACUGCUGCUCUAUCCUAUCGUGGCUCCAUCAGCCAUCUCUGCAUGCAAGGGACAGAGGCUCCCACAGAGCAAGGAGUGUGAAGUGGAAGAUAAGGAAAGCUGGGCUGGGCAAGAGGGAGGGAGCUGCAGCUUUUGUGACAACCUUUGUGCAAGUGGGGGUUUGGCCCUUGCUGUUGGGCAUCACAUGGCCUUGUAGGGCAGCCACCAGCUUGGGCACUGCUCUUCAUGCUGCUUGUGUUUGGUUGGGUGUUAAUUAUGAUUUCAUUAGUUAUUGAAUUAAGGCUUUAUUCUGUAGGGGAAGCUGAUCUUGAGCGACACGUGAGUUAAGCUGUAGCAGGAUUCUUGCUUACUUUCUUUGUGAGGCAGAGAAAGCUGAUGAAUAUCUGGGUGUGAGAGAAAGACAGAAGCAGCCUCUCAGUGAGGCCCUAGCAGGAAGGUUCUGGGAGGAAGCACUCUAUGUUCACAAAGCUGUGAUAAUUGAUAAUACCAGUCAAACUGCUGGAUCCAGUAGCUAUGACUGAUCUCACCUGCCCUUGGCAGUACCAGGUGGCAAAGCUCAUCCCACCUCUCACUGCUUUGGAGCUGUGACCUCCAGAGCCUUCCUGCAGUGCUGUGAGUGUUCCAGAGGCUGGGAGGACUGCAGCACCUCUGAGCAAGAUUGAUGCUCUCUAUUCUCUCCAUUGCUGCUCCCUAAUUUAAAGGGAAACAGCCCUGAAGCUGCCCUGGCCUUGCAGAAGAGACCAGGCAAGUUUAGAGAACUUUCAGUCCUCCCUACACCCUUUGUCAUCUUCUGCUUCUCUGCUUGGGAGUAGCCACUUUCCCUGAGAGUGGGAUCUUGGUGAAACUGGCUUAGCUGGGCCUGGAAUAUCCCAGUGACCCUAAGGAAAGAGAGCUAACAGCCUUCUGUUGGAUAGCCAGUUCCUGUAAGUGCAAGAUUGAUAAGUGCAGAAAAUGCCAUGGUAGCUGGAAUUGUAGAAGCUCUCUUAUUCCCAGGUUUUUUUUGGCAGGUAAAUCCCUUGAAAGACAAAGGAUGUUGGGUUUGCUCAGAGUUCUCUUUUCCUGCAGCAGGGAGCUCUGAUUCCUGCCUUUAUUUAUUUUUAAGUUGGAGCACUUGCUGGAGUUCCACUUAAUCUCUCCUGCCUCUUGCCGCUAACACCUGAGAAUGCCCUUAGGAUUCCUUCAGUGACCAAACCCCAGCUGUCCAGGCUGCUUCGAAGUGCCAGACUUAUCAGGGCUGGGCAGAAAGGAAGGAACAAAACAUGCAGUUGGCUCCCCUUGCACAGUGAGGGGGUUUGUUCCCCCUUCUUAGAGAGUCUGUGCUACUUUUGCCAGCAGCUUGUUCCUCUUGAGCAAUGGUAACCUUGGCUUUGAUAGGAGAUGAGGAUGACAUCCCACCAUGUGCCUGGGAAUCCACAGCAAUCAUAGCACAGUUAUUUCCACUUGUAAUUAGUUGUGAGGCUCUGUCUCUGACGAAAAUUGAUCUUGCCCAUGUCAGGCUGUUUCAUAAGCUGCUCUCCAGGUUAGCCAGUGCCUGUCAGCCAGUGGAGCUCCUUUCCUCCUCUGCUGCCCACAUGGAAUUCCUUCAUUCCAAGAUCAGGAGCAGAGACUUGUUUUGGCUCUGCUUGCCUUUAACCUGUUCUGGUUUUGGUCACCUGCCUGCUGCUUUGUCACUAUAAUCCCCACCUUGCCCACCUCUCCUGUUCUGUGUCCCACGUAUCUGCCGCAAAGCCAAGUGACUCUGCGGAAGAGCACAGUUCCUUGAGACUCUGGGAAUGUUUUAUUUCAGCUGGGGAAUUUCCAGCUGCCCUGCUGGUCUGUCUCACUUUGAGGAUGACAUUCAGAAGAGCCCAUAAGAGAAAGGAAAACUUAAGACUGGACAGUGCAGUGCGUGGCCUCAGAAAUGGAAUCUGUCCAGAGCAAGGAAUGAGUUUGCUUCCUGGGACAUCUGGCCUGUUGCAUGAAGGGGGCAGUCUGCUUGUGUAGCCAGAGCUGAGCUGUUCUGUAACCACAGCUGCUGAAGCAGUUGGAGCAUUUCUGGCAAUGCCUGUAGUUCGUCAAGAGAGCAUUUAAGGAAGUUGAGUUGCGGAAGUUCACCGAGCCGGGUGCCUCACCAGCACAGCUCCAAGGAGUGGAUCCCUCCCGGAGGGGCGGUGGGUGUUCGUGCCCACAAGCAGCCCAGCCAUCGCCAGCCUUCCUCUGGGUGACCUUGGGUGAGGCUCUGCUUGCCUGGAGAGCAGCUGAUUUACAAUGCAGAUUCAUCGCUCCUCGCCUGCCUGUCCCUGCCCCUCCUAAAUUGGGCUGGGAUAUAAGAGGUUGUUUGCUCUCCGAUGCCAACAGUGGCCAUGGCAGAACGCCCUGCCACGUGAGAGGCAGAGAUAGAGGAGAGGGGGCUAAGGAGGAGUGAACUGUGCAGCUGCUCUUGCUUCUGGUAGCUGAGGAGCACAUCUGCAGGACCAUGUCUCUGCUGAACCCUGUCCUGCAGCCCAUGGAGGUGAAGGAGUACCUGUGCAAGGGUGACCGCUUCAUCAAAUGGGAUGAUGAAACAUCAAAUGCUUCUCCUGUGAUUCUCCGAGUGGAUCCCCAGGGCUUUUACGUGUACUGGACCCAUCAGAGCACGGAAAGGGAAAUUCUGGAUAUCACCAGCAUCCGAGACACCCGAGCAGGGAGAUUUGCCAAAAUGCCAAAGUCCCUGAAGCUCCGAGAGGUUUUUAACUUGGAUCACCCUUGCAGCACCUUCCUGCUGAAGACCCUGACAAUCGUAUCUGGCCCUGACAUGGUUGACCUCACUUUCCAUAACUUUGUGUCUUACAAGGAGAAUAUUUCCAAGGACUGGGCUGAGGAUAUUAUGGCCAUUGCCCGGAAUCCCCUCACGUACAACGCUCCCCGCUACACAUUCCUAGAGAAAAUUCUAGUGAAGCUGAAGUUGCAACUGAAUGAAGAGGGAAAGAUUCCUGUCCGGAAUAUUUUUCAGAUGUUCCCUGCAGACAAGAAGAGGGUGGAAGAAGCAUUAAGUGCUUGUCACCUACCAAAUGGCAAGAAUGAUGCCAUCAACCCCGAGGACUUUCCCGAGCCAGUGUACAAGACGUUCCUCAUGAAUCUGUGUCCACGGCCUGAGAUUGAUGAGAUAUUUACCUCACACCAUCUAAAAGCAAAGCCCUACAUGACCAAAGAGCACCUGGCAAAGUUCAUCAACAAGAAGCAGCGAGACACCCGCCUCAAUGACAUCCUCUUCCCACCAGCCAAACCCGAGCAGGUGCAGAGCCUGAUAGAGAAAUAUGAGCCCAGUGCGUUUAACAUCCAGAGAGGGCAGCUGUCUCCGGAGGGGAUGGUCUGGUUCCUCUGUGGCCCCGAGAACAACCUGAUAGUGCUGGACAAGCUGAUGCUGUACCAGGACAUGACCCAGCCGCUCUCGCACUACUACAUCAAUUCCUCUCACAACACCUAUCUGACAGCUGGGCAGUUUUCUGGGACAUCUUCUCCGGAAAUGUACCGCCAGACGCUGCUGGCCGGCUGCCGCUGCGUGGAGCUGGACUGCUGGAAGGGCCGGCCCCCGGACGAGGAGCCCAUCAUCACCCACGGCUUCACCAUGACAACUGAGAUCCUCUUCAAGGAUGCCAUCGAGGCCAUUGCAGAAAGUGCUUUUAAAACAUCUCCAUACCCUGUGAUCCUGUCCUUCGAGAACCACGUGGACUCGCCCAAGCAGCAGGCAAAGAUGGCCGAGUACUGCCGAACCAUUUUUGGAGACAUGCUGCUGACAGAGCCACUGGAGAAGUACCCGCUGAAGCCAGGAGUUCCUCUGCCAAGUCCUAAGGAUCUUUUAAGGAAAAUCUUGAUUAAAAACAAGAAGAACCAAUCUAUGUCUGGGAAGAGGCAGAACUCUUUGAAGAAAGGGAGGAAUGUGGAACCAGAAACCACUGAGCAGCCAACCUCUGUGGAUGCUGAAGAUACUGUCUGGGCAGGUGAUGUGGCUGAAGAGGAGCCAGAGGAAGAGGAUGAACAGCUCAGAAACCUGGAUGAAGAGGAAAUCAAAAAGAUGCAGUCAGAUGAGGGCACAGCUGGCCUGGAAGUGACGGCGUACGAGGAGAUGUCCAGCCUGGUUAACUACAUACAGCCCAUCAAAUUCAACUCCUUCGAGCUCUCUGCCAAGAAGAACCGGAGUUACGUCAUCUCUUCCUUCACCGAGAUGAAGGCUUACGAUCUACUGAGCAAGUUCCCCAUGCAGUUUGUAGAAUACAACAAGUGGCAGAUGAGCCGCAUUUACCCCAAAGGCACCCGCAUGGACUCCUCCAAUUACCAGCCCCAGAUGUUCUGGAAUGUCGGCUGUCAGAUGGUGGCACUCAACUUCCAGACCAUGGAUGUCCCCAUGCAGCAGAACAUGGCCCUGUUUGAGUUCAAUGGGCACUGUGGAUACCUGCUCAAGCACGAGUUCAUGCGGCGCCCUGAUAAGCAGUUUGACCCCUUCUCUGUGGACCACAUCGAUGGGCUGGUGGCCACCACUGUCUGUGUCACGGUGCUCUCUGGCCAGUUCCUCUCAGACCGCAGUGUGAAGACCUACGUGGAAGUGGAGCUCCUUGGGCUGCCAAGGGAUGCCAAACGCAAACACAGAACCAAACUGACGUCCACAGCCAACUCCAUUAACCCUGUGUGGAAAGAGGAGGCUUUUGUUUUUGAAAAGAUCAUGAUGCCCGAGUUGGCAUCUCUCAAAAUUGUGGCUUGGGAAGAAGGAGGGAAGUUCAUUGGCCAGCGUAUCAUUCCCAUCAUCGCAAUGCACCCAGGCUACCACCACGUGUGCCUGCGCAGCGAGAGCAACAUGCCGCUCACCUUGCCCGCCCUCUUCGUGUUCCUGGAGAUCAAGGACUAUGUGCCGGAUGCUUGGGCAGAUCUCACUAUUGCCCUUUCCAACCCCAUCAAGUUCUUCAGCCUGCAGGACAAAUGCUUGGUGAAGCUCAAGGAUACCUCAGAGGAGAGGCCUGGCACACAGACAAACCUCUCAUCUGCUGAGACUAAUGGGGUGGCAGGCUCCACUAGGAAACCCAGUGUUCCUCCCUCUAAUGGCUCCACAGGAGCAGCAGUGCUCAUCAAGGAUGAAGCUGUGUUAGAAGUAAUGCAGAUGGCAGAGCCCGAGACAAUCACCCUUGCUGAGCUGCAGCAGAAGAAGCGCUUCCUGAAGCUGCUGAAGAGGCAAGAGAAGGAGCUGAGGGAGCUGGAGCGGAAGGGAAGCAAACAGAGGGAGGAGCUGCUGCAGAAAUACUCGGCGCUCUUUUCAGAGCUGGCCUGCCCUGGGGGCAAGAAAAGGACAGUGCGCACAAGGAAAACCCAGAAGAAGAGGAGUGUGACCCCAAGUGAUGCUGGUAGCAGUGCAAAUCCUGUAAAAGCCACAGAGAGCAUCGACUGCCACUGGCUUGUGGAGCUGAGGGAGAGGCUGGAGAUGGACCUCAUCCACCUUGGGGAGGAGCACCACAAUCGGAUCCGAAGGAAGAAAGAGCAGCAUGCUACUGAGCAAGUUGCCAGGAUCCUGGAGCUGGCCAGGGAGAAGCAGGCAGCUGAGCUGCAGGUGCUGAAGGACACGUCGGAAAGCAACAUUAAAGACAUUAAGAAGAGGAUGGAGGCAAAGAGAGUGGAGAGGGUCCAGGCCAUGCUGAGGAAUACCAGUGACAAGGCUGCGCAGGAGAGGUUGAAGAAAGAAAUUAACAACUCCCACAUUCAGGAAGUGGUGCAGACAGUCAAAAGGGUGACAGAGAAGACUGACAGAUACCAGCAGAAACUGGAGGAGAAGCAGGCAGCAAGGCUUCAGUCUAUCAAGGAGAGAGAAGGCCAGCUCCAGCAGCAGGUACAGGUGGAAUAUGAGGAGAAGCUGAGAGCUCUGAACAUGGAGGUUCAGGAGAUGGUGAAGAACUACACCAAAGCCAGCUUUCCUGGAGAGCCACAGACUGGGAAGGAAGCAGGUCAGAGCAUUCCUGAGGGAGAACAAGGCUCUACAGAUCAACUGGAAGCAAAUAUCCCAGUGGCAGAGAUGUCUAGGCUUACACUGGCAAUGACUGAGCCUGCAGGAGCUGGAAUGGAUGUGGAGAUAGAAGAGAGCAUAUUCUGAGAUUGGGUCCCUUCCUUACUGUUCAUUGUAAGAAGGUGUAUGGUGAAAGUAACAACCAGUUUCACAAACUACUGCCAUCCCUUUCCAUUCUGGGGAGCUCCUGAAAUCCUUCAGGAAUGUACUACAUUUUCCCAGAUAUCUGGAAGCAGUCUGGAGAGCUCACCCUUCAGAGUACUUUACUCUGUCUUUCCCAGCCUGAGUUCUGAGGUAUUUCAGCAGUGGGAAAGUGCCUGCAGACCAGCUCCCUGUUGGCAUCACAGCAGCAGCUACAGGAAUAUUUACUUUGCAUUCCUCAUCGUUCCUCACAUGUAUCCCUUCACACCAGUCCAACUCCUCCUAACAUCUUCCACACGGUUCAGUGAAACAGCAAUAAACAAACCAAACAAAAACCCUAAACACUGAUACAAAGAGACACCACAGGUGGGGAUGGGGGUGGAAGGUGGGUUCAAUCACAGCAAACCACACCAGGCUAUGCAUCCUACAGGAAAACAGUUACACAUGAAGCUGCAUUAAUUAAGGAUUACAAAUGCUGCUAAAACCAAACCAAACCCCAGGUCAAGUAGGUAUGAGACAGCAUGUUCCAAGCCUAGUCUGAGCACCCAAGAGUCCACAUCUCCCCUGUGAUGUCAUCAGAGUACUGGAAUUAUGGAUUGUACAUUUCUGAGCUAUUUAUUUUCUAAAAAAAAUUAAAACAUUGCUGUUCUUAAACAACUGGGUCACUUGUCACUUAGCUGCAGUUAGUGUGUCCAAUAUCUGGUCGCGAGUCUUGAUGUCUGUGUCCAGGUGUGUACAUGUACAUCUGCACAUGUCCUUGCUUGUGUGCCAGGCUGUCUGUCCAUUUGUAUGUCCAUAUGUGUGUCAUCCCUGCCUCAGUGUGUCUGUGUCCAUCUAUCCAGCUGUGUCUGUAUUUCUCUGUGCCUGAGCGUGUGUUUGUGUCUGUCUGUAUCAGUGCAUCUCUAUGUGUCCAUGUCUGUGAGCACGUGUGUCUGUAUGUCUGUGUCUCUGUAUCCAGGAGUGUGUGUCCAUGUGUCUGUCCAUGUCCUUGUGU